CACAUUUUGAAGAAUACGACGUGCGCUUUACGUUUUCAUAGUUAUUGCAUCGUACCUCGCAUAGAUGACGUCACAUUGAACGUUUCAAACACGCGCGUUUCUUCGAAUAACGCGAAUUUCGAGCAUUUUUUAAUGUUUAUCACUAUUUUAUGACAACAGCGCACACGUUAACCAACUUGAUUCUUUAAAAAAAUGCAAUACAUUUUCGUUAUUUGUUCAUCGAUAUCUUUUUAUUUUUGGUUAACGAGUGCGCUGUAUGUGAAAAAUACAUGUAUUUUCUUCUUAAUCGACAUUUGAUUGAACAGUUAAUAAUUUAUCACCAUGAACGGUUGUUUCCUUGCAAUAUUGCGGAAGCAAUCAAGUUGCUUUUUUAACAUCUUAACUUAAAAAAAGGUAGUGUUUCGUAUAAUUCACGGGAGACCACUCCAUUAACUUAUUUAGGCCUAUGGGAAGUAAUCUUAUCAAGCGAGCGGGAUAAAUCUACAUGGAAGAUACAGCGUCUGCUUCGCAUCAUUUUAACUGAACAGUAAAAGUAAUUUAAACAAAAUAUGUGAGGUUAAGUUUCAUCAUCAUAUAUCAACAGACAGGGUUGACGAAAGACCAAUUCUCAACUCUUAUCGGUGAUGUAGACGACAUACGGACAACAAAGACCAGGUCCAUUCGAACAUGCAUCGCAUUGCUCCUAGUCAAACUAAGAACUAGUUUAGGGAAUGCGCUGCUCAGCACUUUGUUCAACAUGACGAUUGCGCAGAUUCGGCGUGCGUUGAAAUCGUCAAGAAAAUCUUUGAUGAAAUCGUUCGUGCCAAAGAAUAUGGGAUUUAAACAUGUUUCCAGAGAGGAGAUAAAAACGACCCAUACACGACCUCUAGCGCAAGAAUUGUUCGCUGCAUCUGACCAAAAUAAAUCAAUAAUUGUUUUAGAUGGAACAUAUAUAUAUAUACAAAAAAGUUCAAACUUUUCUUUCGCACGUCGGUCGUACUCCAUGCACAAGCAUAGGCCACUUGUCAAGCCAAUGAUUGUUGUGUCCACCACUGGCUACAUUAUAUCUAUUUUGGGACCGUACUUGGCGGAUAGCAAAAACUCAGAUGCAAAUAUACUGAAACACAUCAUCAAUCAAAAUACUGAGGAUUUUAAGAGCUGGAUUCAGGAAGGUGAUGUGGUCGUAGUUGACAGAGGUUUCCGAGAUGCGUCGACUGUUCUCGAAGAACUUGGUGUAACUAUGCAGAUGCCAUCUUUUAUGCGAAAGGGGUCUACACAGCACACAAGCGAAGAGUCUAACAAGUCGAGGCUUGUGACGAAGAUACGAUGGGUUGUCGAGUCAACCAAUGGCAGACUCAAGACAUGGACAUAUUUAGCUAGGACAAUGCCAAACACCCAAGUGCCAUUUAUUGGUGACUAUGUGCGAAUUGUUGGAGCAAUCUGCAACCGCUUCAGACCGGCUCUAAGUAGCGGGGACUCCGAUCAAGACAAAAUAGUUGCAGAGAGAAUGUUGUAUUUGUCAGGGCAGAACAACGAUUUACAACAAUUCAUCUCUGACAACGACAUAGAAAAAAUAACCAAGGCAUCGUGGAAACCGAUGGACGAACUAGACAUAAACUGUCCAAUAAUGACCGAGGAUGAACUUAGAUGUCUAAUCUUUGGUGUAUACACAGUUAAGCUGGCGGCUUCUUAUACACAAGAGCACAUGUCAAGUGACGGAAUAUACUCAAUUCACGGUUAUGUGCACAAUAGGAGUUUGCUGUGCUUGAAGUUCCAAAGUCGGCAUGUGUCCCGAAAGCAAUACCGGUCUUACAUACGUUUUAAGGAGGGGUCAGUCGACGCAUGGUUUUGCAGCUGCCCAGUGGGAGCACGUGUAGUUGGAACAUGUGCGCACGUUACAAGUGCGCUGUGGUACCUUUGUUUCAGGCGACACCAAACUGAUCAACCGUCAGAUGGUCCGAGAAAUUGGGCUGCAGACAUUUCAGAUGCUGCUAACGUGUCAUAUUAAAUAUUAAGACGCGCUCUGAGACAUAGACAAAACAAGUCUUAAAAAUGUGUGUUCAUUUACAUCUAAUAAAGACAAAACAAGUCUUAAAAAUGUGUGUUCAUUUACAUCUGAUAAAGACAAAACAAGUCUAUAAAAUGUGUGUUCAUUUACAUCUGAUUAAGACAAAACAAGUCUAUAAAAUGUGUGUUCAUUUACAUCUGAUUAAGACAAAACAAGUCUAUAAAAUGUGUGCUGAAUGAUUUCUCUGAGAAAAAGGGGUUAAAUGCAUUAAUAGGCGUCAAGUGCGCAGUAGAGGGCGUUGUGUUUCUGACAAACACAUCUCUUGUUUAAAGAUGUGAAUGUAAGCAAUAUUACAAUUUGCAACAUUGAAAAUAUUUUAUACUGAUUGUUGAAAGUCGUGUAACUGACAUGUUUAUAAAAUUGACUGGUUUUAUUUUUUUGUUUUUUUGGUGACAAAUAUCAAUGGGCAGAAUAAUGUGUGGAUGGCAUGAUAGAAAAAAAUGUCAUUAUUGGAAGAAUGUGAACAUUUACCAGAUGAAAAUCGUUAGUAUAACAACGAUUGUAUAAACAUAAGCUUCAUACUAUCGCUAUAUUUAAAUCAGAUUUGGGUUUUUCCAAAAAUUGGAGAAUGUGAUUUGUCAACUACGGAAAAACUAAAACGUCAAAAAAGCCAUAUUUGACAAUUAUUAAUGGAAAAUUGUGAGGAAAUAAUAGGAUAAAUAGAAUAUUAUGUUAUUUUUGGAUAAAUAUCAAGUUUAUCAUGCUCGGCACGAACUAUGUUAGCGCUCGGCAUGCCUCGCGCUACAUCGGUUCUAAGCCUCGCAUGAUAAACUUGAUAUUUAUCCAAAACUCACAUAAUAUUCUCUAUAUGUACAAGGUUACGCGAUCAGGAUGUGCAUACGGAAUAUGUUAUUACAAUAGGUCAUGAUAUUACACCGUAUUUGUUGUUGUUUUAUUAAUAUUUUCGUUGUUACUUAUAAGAAUGUUCUAGUUUUAUUAUGAUGAUGCGAUUUAAAAAAAUGUUAUAAACAAUGUGUGAUUAUUUUGCGUAAAACAUUUAGCGAUAUGAAGAAAUAAUAAUAUCAUAUGACAUGUAAUAUGUUACUUUGAUUUAUGAACAUGAAUUAAAUCAUUUCUCACAUUGUG